AUGGCUUCCACAACACCUACAACAACACCGUCAUACCGACGCACACGCAGCAAAUCACCUCGAUCACGCCCGACCACACCCCUCCGCGCAUCUUCCCGCUCCUCUCUGCGCGAUUCAUCCCAACGCGGUCGCGCUGCCUCUGCGUCUGGCAAUGCAUUAGAGGGACUACAGGAUGGCUUUGCUGAGCUGAGCGACGCCAUGGCGGAUCUUGAGCAAAACUUCCUGCAGUUACAACUGAUGCACGAGAGUCUGGCACGGUUCUCAGAAAGCUUUGCGGGGUUCCUGUAUGGGAUGAACAUGAACGCUUUCUGCGUAGACUUCUCCGAGGCCCCUGUUCAAGAAUCGUUCAAGCGACCGCAGAACCAGCCUGACCUGGGUACCGCGAAUCUGAGUCGCUCUCAAGGUCAAGAAGACAUGGAAGCCACAUUCUUGACAACCGACACAUCCUUCGUCGACAACCCACCGAGUAGCAAGAUCGCAUCGAAAUUCCAAAAUCCGCAAACGCCGGCGCCGGCUACAAGAACAAGCGGUGUACCUAGAGGAAGAGGUGGAAUACCGCGAGCGGGUGGGCGCGGUGGUAUACCCACACGCGGUGGUGCUCCUAGGGGAACCAGGGGUGGCACAGGUAUCGCGAGAGGAGUUGCUGGUAGAGGUCGUGGAGUACGAUGA